AUGGCCAGUCAGUCGCAAGGUAUCCAGCAGCUGCUGCAAGCGGAGAAGCGCGCCGCCGAGAAGGUGUCCGAGGCCCGCAAACGAAAGAACCGGAGGCUGAAGCAGGCCAAAGAAGAAGCUCAGGCCGAAAUUGAACAGUACCGCCUGCAGAGGGAGAAGGAGUUCAAGGCCAAGGAGGCUGCGGCUUGCCACACCACUGACUGCUGCUUCAGCAGUGACGUCCACGUUGUCAGCCCUGUUAUGCAGGGCUGA